CAGCUCUAUCAGCAGUAAAUUGAAGAAGUUAUCAGCCAAUUUUUGAAUAAAUCAGCGGCACUCUAGGAGUAAUUCUAGAGUAGAGCUACAGUAUGGUAUAUCACUAAUAGCCAAAUCACCAUCAUCUCUUGCACCAUUCGUCAACUGAACAUCCGUGGGGUAUGAUGGGAAUCUUACGGCCUCUUUACCUCAUGCUCUACCAACGUCAGCAACAAUGCAGCAUCGAAUUUGGGAUGAGGUACCUCAUCAGAUGCACGCUACGAUGACCCUACGUCUACGAGAAUGUAAUGUAUAUGGCAUUAAGCUAGUCCAAAACAUUAUUAGGGAGUUAUUACAACACUGCCAUCCAAUAUUACUGCCGACCUUACAUUAAUAAUGACAAGUAC